UAUUUCACCCCUUUGAUUUUUGAAAAUUAACAUUGACGUCUCUAGAGCUGAAUCAUUUUGCAGCUCGCCGAGUGCUUCACGGUGGCGUGAUGCUGAAAGGGUUAAAUAUAAAUGAGCGUGUCGAGCCUCUCUUUAUUCCUCGUGCUGGCCCGGCCCACUGAGGCACGAGCCAAUGUCAUCGUAGCGCUGCGGUUGCUAGUAGCCUCACUGCGACCUUCCGCCAGCCUACAUCGUCCGUGGUCUCGUCGGCUUGAGCUAUCACUGUGCUCUCUCUCCCCCCCCCCCUCUCUCUCUCUCUGCCCGGGUCUCCAAAACAUGGCGGCCCUCAAAGCUUUGUGCAGAGCGGAGAAUUUAUUCUUCAAAAACCUCUCGGGUCCACGCAGAACCAAAUUAAAUGUGGCUAAUCUCCAAUUCAGCAAGACCUGCGGGUGCUACUUUUCUACCUCCAACCCAAGAAGUUCACGCUUCUACUCGGACCCCACGGAGGCAGUCAAAGACAUUCCAAGUGGCGCUACCAUUCUUGUGGGAGGCUUUGGAUUAUGUGGCAUCCCAGAGAAUCUCAUCAACAGUUUACUGAAGACCGGCGUUGACGGUCUCACCGCCGUCAGCAACAAUGCAGGAGUGGAUAACUUUGGCCUGGGCCUGCUGCUGAAGACCAAGCAGAUCAAGAGGAUGAUCUCGUCGUACGUCGGGGAGAAUGCAGAGUUUGAGCGACAGUAUCUGACGGGGGAGUUGGAAGUGGAGCUGACGCCACAGGGAACUCUUGCAGAGAGGAUCAGGGCUGGGGGUGCUGGCAUUCCAGCCUUCUUCACAGCCACUGGUUAUGGCACACUGAUCCAAGAGGGAGGCUCUCCUAUCAAGUACAACAAAGAUGGCAGCAUUGCCAUCGCCAGUGAGAAGAGAGAGGUGCGGGAGUUCAACGGCAGGCACUACAUCAUGGAAAAGGCCAUCAUUGGAGACUUUGCCCUGGUUAAGGCAUGGAAAGCUGACAAGGCUGGAAACAUUAUUUUCAGGAAAACAGCCAGGAACUUCAACCAACCCAUGUGCAAGGCAGCCAAAAUCACCAUAGUUGAGGUGGAGGAGGUGGUGGAGGUGGGGACCUUUGCUGAAGAGGACAUCCACAUACCCAGCAUCUACGUCCACAGGGUUGUCCAGGGAGCCAGCUACGAAAAAAGGAUUGAGAAACGCACGGUAAAGAAAAGCCAAGAAGAGAAGCCCAAACUGAAGAAGGACUCUGACAUUAUUCGGGAGAGGAUCAUUCGCCGGGCUGCUCUGGAGUUCGAGGAUGGGAUGUAUGCCAACCUCGGUAUUGGUAUCCCCAUGCUGGCCAGCAACUUCAUAAAACCAGACAUCACCGUUAACCUCCAAAGUGAAAAUGGAAUUCUGGGACUGGGCCCGUACCCCACUGAGGAUGCAGUGGAUGCAGACCUGAUUAACGCUGGGAAGGAGACCGUCACUGUGCUGCCAGGGGCCUCCUAUUUCUCCAGUGAUGAGUCAUUUGCCAUGAUCCGAGGUGGUCACAUCAACCUGACAAUGCUGGGAGCCAUGCAGGUGUCAAAACACGGAGACCUGGCCAACUGGAUGAUUCCAGGUAAGAUGGUGAAGGGAAUGGGAGGAGCCAUGGAUUUGGUGGCAAGCACUGGAACUAAGGUGGUGGUCACAAUGGAGCACUCGGCCAAGGGAGGAAAACACAAGAUUUUGGACAAAUGCAUCCUGCCUUUAACUGGGAAGCAGUGUGUGGAUCGAAUCAUCACAGAAAAGGCCGUGUUUGAUGUGGAUUCGACAAAAGGCCUGACUCUGAUAGAAGUAUGGGAGGGGCUCACUCCUGAGGAUAUCAAAGCGUGCACUGGCACCGAUUUUGAAGUGUCCCCCAACCUGAGGUCCAUGCAGCAAAUCUAGAAGACGCCUGCGAUGGAUCUGUGUUUUGAGUUUGUGUGAGAAUCAUUUUUUUCUCUCUGGUGAUUAAACGGCCUCAGACGGGUUACAUUAUGCUUUUAAAACCAAACUGUUUGGUUCAGUUCCCUGGUUAUCAGCAUGCAAAUAUCAGGAGGGGGAAGGCCUCAAUAAUAUGAAUCAAGCCUUUCAGGAGCCGACAUGCAUGGUUCUUUUUUAAGGAUCUGAUCUGGCAAACAGUUAGGAAACAUUAUAUUGUUCCCUUUUACACAAUUAAGGUAAUGCAGCUAUUAGCAUUUAGUUUGUGCCGCUAUUAGCAAACGGGCCACAUGAAUAUUACAGGGAGAACAGGGAAUCCUCUUUAAAGGUUCUGUAGGAAGAAUGCAACUUCACUGGUACUUUGAACACAAAUGAUUGAAAUCAUAUUUAACGUAUGUUAACAAUGUACUGUAAAGACAAAUAGAGAGCUGAAAUGUGAUUAAUUUAAGAAGGAAAAUGUGUUUUGUGUUUUGAUUCUUCGUUCAGCACAAAAGGAAAUGUGUUUAAUGUUGGCGUUGUGUACAAGUUGUGCUUUACCAAGUAAAACAAACAUCCUUGGAAUAUACAUCUAAUGUAAGAUGUAUUUGAGUUUUUCUCCCUUUUGGAAGACUAAACUGAUGUAAAAACAAGGAUCCGAUGGAAACACGUUUGUAAUAAUCAUCGCUGUCACAAUGUAAAACACUUUUAUUUUUCUCAGCCAAAUAUACAUGUAUUUGUUGUUGCUUUUCUCUAAAUCUUUUGAUUUCUUGAUUAAAAAAUACAAAACAACAA